GGGGGAGGACAAAGGAGGGGGGAGUGAGGAGGAAGAUGAUGCAGAGGAAGAAGAGGAGGAGAUGGUGAGCUGGGCCAGUGUGAGGAUGCAGGGGGACAGCAGGAAGCAGCAGCACGCAGCGGAGGAGGAGCCCGAGGUGUUCGGGCACCUGAUGAGACCCACGGAGACGUUUUUCGACAACCACAACCCGUCCCUGAAGUCCCCCGUCCUGGUCUCCGGUCCUCGCUCCGGCGCCGAGGACACGUUCAGCCGCCACUUUGAGAGCAUCAUGGAGUCCCACCGGGCCAAAGGGACGUCGUACAACAGCCUGGACAGCGAGGAGCUGCUGACCUCCAGCACCCAGACCGUGCUGACCUUUGACCUGCCGACCCUGACCCCCGCCAUCCACGGGCCGGUGUGCCAGAGUGCCAGGCAGAUCGUGCAGCUCAGCUUCGCCCCGCUGGCGCACGGCGAGCGGCCCAGUUUCUCCGACUCCAUCUUCACGGUGACGGGGGACUCGGACGCCACGCGGGCCCCGUCCAGCGAGAGGCUGAGCAGCGGGUCUGACGACACGAGAGGACGCGAGUGUUCGCAGCUGGGCAGCAGCUGGUACAUCAGCCCGUCCUUCUCCUUGUCCAGGUGCAGGGAGAGGGUCCGUUUGGCCACGGACUCGGAGCUGGACCUCAGCGACCGGCUCGGCCUGGGCAGCAGUGACACCCUGACCAACGGCAGCCACCGCGGGGACGUGGCGGCUGCCAGACGUCUGGCCAAACGCCUCUUCAACCUGGACGGCUUCAGGAAGUCCGACGUGUCGCGGCACCUCAGCAAGAACAACGAUUUCAGCCGCUUGGUUGCAGAGGAAUACCUGAGCUUCUUCUGUUUUAUCGGCCUCACACUCGACCAAGCUCUGCGGACUUUCCUCAGGCAGUUCGCUCUGAUGGGGGAGACUCAGGAGAGGGAGAGGGUGCUGUCUCACUUCUCAAGGCGCUACUUGGAGUGCAACCCUAAAGUCCUACCAUCAGAUGAUGCAGCUCACACGCUCACUUGUGCCCUGAUGCUGCUCAACACGGAUCUGCACGGUCAGAAUGUUGGCAAGAAGAUGUCCUGCACACAAUUCAUUGGCAACCUGGACGGGCUGAACGAUGGCCAGGAUUUUCCCAGAGAUCUGCUCAAAGCGCUCUACAACUCGAUCAAGAACCAGAAGCUGCAGUGGACCCUUGACGAGGAAGAGCUGCGGAAGUCGUUUUCGGAGCUCGGGGACAGUCUGUGUGACUCUGAUACCUCCAGAUCGAUGAAGAGGGAGGGCAGCAGCGAGGGGCUGGUCUCGGAGGGGACGAAGCCCACGGGGACCCUGCUCUACAAGAACGGGUUCCUGGUCCGGAAGGUCCACGCUGACUCAGACGGAAAGAGAACACCAAGAGGGAAGAGAGGGUGGAAGACGUUCUACGUCAUCCUCAAAGGCCUAAUUCUUUAUCUGCAAAAAGGGGAGUACCGGCCCGACAAGCAGCUCUCAGACGAAGACCUGAAGAACGCCGUUUCCAUCCAUCACUCUCUGGCGAUGAAGGCUUCUGACUACAGCAAGAGACCCAACGUCUUCUACCUGCGCACCGCUGACUGGAGGGUGUACCUCUUCCAGGCACCGAACGCUGAGCAGAUGCAGUCCUGGAUCACACGCAUCAACACGGUGGCCGCCAUGUUCUCAUCGCCUCCUUUCCCAGCAGCCAUCGGCUCCCAGAAGAAGUUCAGCCGGCCGCUGCUGCCAGGAGCGAUGUCAAAACAGUCCGAGGAGGAGCAGAUCCGAUCCCACGAAGCUCGGUUUAGAACCAUCUCCACUGAGCUUGCUGAGCUGCACUCCUACCCCCCAGAUCGCAAGGUCAAAGGUCGCGAGCUGGAGGAGUACCGCCAGCGAGACGAGUAUCUGGACUUUGAGAAAACGCGGUACGGAACUUACAUCAUGCUGCUGCGGGCGAAGAUCCGGAGCGGCGAGGAGGACCUGUCCAUGUUCGAGUCCCUGCUGCUGGAGGACAGCAGCCUGCAGAGGGCUCACUCCAGCCCCACGCUGCAGGACAGCAGCCUGGCCAGCCAGGCCAGCAGCACCAGGGACGGAGGCGGCAGCAGCAGAGCCAGCGGCUGCAGCGGCGGCAAACCUCGACAGGAAGGCCAAAGACACAGCUACAGACAGGCCGUCAAGAAGUGA